AUGCUCGCCAGCGACUUUCCCCAAUAUAUGUCCACAAGCCUAGAUUAUGCCAGUCAAAAGCAUGAUUCAGAUAGUGAGGAAGACUUGGACACACCCGCAAGAGCUUCCCUCUCAUCCAAGUUUCAUGCAAAUUCAGAUUUGCCUAAGUUAUCAAUCUCCGGUUCCGGGGUUGAAGCCCCAUAUUCCGUCCCAACGAGCGAGGAAGCUCUAGUCAACCUCACUCGAAGUUGCACAAACUCGGGCAAUACCCUACCUCACGACGAUCAGGCUGAUCCCAGUGGAUUUGCAGAUGAAUCCUAUCAUCUAUGCCACGAAACAUCGCGUCUGUUGGACUUCCCACUAAAGGGGGCUGAAGAACCCGCUAAGAAGCUUGCAGAAGCUGUACGGACAAUUCUCGAAUGCGUGGGAGAAGACACGGAGAGAGAAGGAUUACGUGCAACUCCAGAACGGUACGCUAGAGCCAUGCUUUACUUCACCAAAGGAUACUCAGAGAGUGUCGGGGAUCUGCUCAAUGGGGCUGUUUUUCAUGAAAACUACGACGAAAUCAUUAUCGUGAAAGAUAUUGAUAUAUUCUCCCUCUGCGAGCAUCACAUAAUUCCUUUUACUGGAAAGAUGCACAUAGGCUACAUCCCAAACGGCCGCGUACUUGGUUUGUCCAAAUUGGCCCGUUUGGCUGAGAUGUUCUCUCGCAGACUUCAGAUUCAAGAACGUCUGACCAAGCAGGUAGCUAUGGCCAUUCAUAACGCUCUCAAACCACGAGGUGUUGGGGUCAUUAUGGAGUCCUCCCAUCUGUGCAUGGUGAUGCGUGGCGUUCAAAAGGCCGCAAGUACUACAACCACUAGCUACAUGGUUGGCUGCCUGCAGUCGAGCGCAGAAACCAGAGGGAAAUUCCUGGCCCUCCUGAAUCGGCAAUAG